AAAGACACCACAUUAUCAUCAAAUCCGAUGCAUGUGCUUGUCUACUAACAAUAGUUUCCUAUCGUGUUAUAUUUGAACUUAAAUUAGAUUGAUUUACAUUCACUUUGACUUGAUGUUCUACUUUGUUUCAUACAAUAACCUAGUAAACCAUGACAGAUACAAUACAGCACAUACAGAAAAUGCACGUAUGUUAUCUUGAUUUAGCUGUAGAUGGAUACUUUAUUAAAAAGGUGCGCUCACUAACUGGCGCAGUUAUUUAUAACAUAUCCAGAUCCUCCCUCUGGCUCGAUCACAUUCCACCUGCCUCACCUCUCGGUCCGUCCUAAUCGAUACACACCGCGAGGGGCGCUAGCGAGCCGACACAGUCCCUUUCAAAAGGUGUCAUCAUUUUGUAUUGGAGGAAAAUAAAGUUCUGUAUGGUCGGUCACAUCGUCCGCGGAGGACUCAGCAAAUACCAUAAGACAUGUUUUACGAGAGCUCCGCAUGGAAGAAACACUAAAGUUGUGGGACUUCAACUCGCCUACCAAUGACUCCCAAGAAACCUGAGCAGUGGCUGCAAGUGGUCGGACAUGCAGGGAGCUUUCACGUUGGGGAUUACGGCACCCUGCUGAAGAGAUUUUGUGAGGGGGAGCAACAGUGCUACCUCCGGCUGAUGGAGGAUGUUUUGAGGCCCUUUGUUCCCACCUACCACGGUGUGGUGCAGCGGGACGAGCAGAAUUACAACAUAAUGGAUAACUUGUUGACCCAUUUCAACAGACCUGCCAUCAUGGACUGCAAGAUGGGGAGCCGCACGUACCUCGAGGGAGAGCUGCUGGUGGCCAGGGAGCGGCCCCAGCCCCGUAAAGACAUGUUUGAGAAGAUGGUGGCUGUGGACCCGGAGGCCCCAACGGACCAGGAGCGAGCCCAGCAGGCGGUGCUGAAAACCAGGUACAUGCAGUGGAGGGAGACGCUGAGCUCCACAACAUCUCUGGGUUUCCGCAUCGAAGGAUUCAGGAAGUCAAAUGAAGAAUGUCACACAAACUUCAAAAGGACCAAAAGCAGAGAGCAAGUGGUGGAAGCACUGGACAACUUUGUUGAUUCCAAUAAGCACAUUGUGUGGGGAUAUCUGAGACGGUUGAAAAAACUGCGGCAGAUCUUGGAGGCAUCAGACUUCUUCAGAACACAUGAGGUUGUGGGCAGUUCCUUACUGUUUCUACAUGACUGGACAGGCAGAACAGGAGUCUGGAUGAUUGACUUUGGAAAGACGGAGGCGUUACCGGCACACCUCACCCUGGACCACCGCACUCCCUGGGUAGAUGGCAAUCGAGAAGAUGGCUACCUGUGGGGUCUGGACAACCUCAUUGAUAUACUGACCAACAUGAUGCCCCUGACCUGAACUCCUCUCUAUUCAUGUGGACGUUCACUCUUAACCUUUCCUUACCCUUGACCACUCGUAAGUGAGUGACUGCAGAUGUACUGGCUUCUGAAAUGGUUGAGUUGGGAGAAUUAACUGGGUCCAGAAUGAGGGUGAGCGAAAGGAAGAUGUGAUUACAAAAGUAAAUACUUUCCAGAACAGAUUUUCUUUCAGCAAAUUACAAUUACAACAUUGGUCAAAAGAUCAUUGGUGAUUUAUUUAAAUCUCAACUUGAGCCUUGUAAAGUUGACCACUGAAAGACCUUCACUCACCUGUGCUGCCAAUUUCCAGCCUCAGCAGGAGACGCCGUCCCAGCUGUUUUAAAAUGACACUACUCAUUAUUUUCGGGAAAACAUUGCACAAGCAAUUAUAAGACAAAGAUAUGGCUGGCCCAUCUGGUUUGGGAAGAUCUUAAAUGUCACACGUGUCAUUAAAAUGGUGCUAAAACGACUUAUUUCCUGCAUUUAAAAAAAAGGCACACUGUCGCAUUAAGGGGGAUUUAUUGGCAGAAAUGGAAUAUAAUACCAUCACUUAAAAAUAAGAAUCUUUUUUGUUUGUUGUUACCUUACAAUGAGCCGUUUAUAUCUUCAUACCGGUCCUCUACACGCCGUGGACACCUACAGUAGCCCAGAGCGGACAAACCAAACACUGAGUCUAGAUCACCAGCGUUUCACCGCCAGGUCCUCCACACGAGACCUUUCAUUAAUUUGUUCGCCUCAUUACUAUGAUCAUUAGUUGUUUUUUAUACAUUAGGAUUGGGAAACAGUUUUACCACUUGCACUUGAGUGCAUAUCAAUGUUAUGUGGCGGUUUCCUAGAGUCUACACAUAUUGUUAAUAGUUGAGAACAAUAGCAGUAACGGUGUUUCUUGUGAGGUUUCAUUUUUGAAUUAAACCUAAUAUUAUUUUCAGGCUUGGCCUUUUCCUUUUUUAAUUUUCUCCACUUCCAGACCGAUAAUAUCUCAAACUAACGGACGACCUGCCCAAACCUUUGUUUAUGGAGCCCUGAAGACUUUGGAAAUGGUGAACAGUAGAGCUGUUAAGCAUCCACAUGGUACUUUGUGAUUAGAGCUCAGAGCACUGUUGUGCCUGGGCCAGAGCCUCACAGGGCCGCAGCCUCACAGGGCCAGAGCCUCACAGGGCCGCAGCCUCACAGGGCCGCAGCCUCACAGGGCCACAGACACUUAGACUUUGCAUCUUCACGUCAAAUUGAAGGCUUAAAUGUAGCAAUAGAAGUUUAGUCUUAUUUGAUGGAUUGUUUUUCAAUGAGUAAUAUUAACACAAUAUUUCUACUCUUUUUUUUUUUCAUGUUUAACUUUGAGCAAUCAAUAAAGUUUGUGCUACUCAUCAGUUUAUUGCCAUAUGGAAUUUUACAAAUUUGAAUAAACGCUCCUUUUUUCUCCUUCCUGCGGCUGACCCCAGGUCUCUGUGGUGCUCUUGGUGACUCAUGGAAAACUGUUGUUUUAAUCCUCCUAUGGGGUAUGAAGGUUGAUGUUUGAUGUUUUGGUUAAUAAAUAUUGUAGAAUGUG